AGUUAGUCUCUGGCGAGCCAGCAGACAGUGCAAUAGCAGAAGCGAGCAGCCAGCAAAACUGUCAACCUGUGGGUCUGAGAGGGCUGUCAAAGAGAGAGAGGGAGGGAGAUUAGAAGCGCUGGAGAACGGAUCUCUGCUCCAGAUGGUGCUUUAAACAGAGACAGAAGGGAACAGAACGGAGAGAAGCGAGAGAUCAAGACUAUGUUUGUUCGCUGUGGAACCUCAAGACCGUAGCAUACUGAAACACCAAAACGAGGGAUAAUACAAAAACGAGAAUUAUUGUCAUCUUUGUGAAUCAUAAUCUAAAUUAAAAACAAAAAAACCCCAUUGUAUUAUUAUUAUUAUUAUUAUUCACUGUGGUUGUUUACACUGCCACUAAAGGAGCGCUUGUUUAAUCGGCAAUAAAGGAACUGGCUAUACAGCGAGGUUGGUAGCAGUAAGUGUAGCGACCGGCGAAGGAUUUCAUGCCCAAUUUUUUUGCAUCAUUAGGAAGAAGGAACACGCACCGACAGUGAGACCUCGACGUGCUGAAUUCGUAAAAACAACAUCAAAAAGCUGCCAUUGUGAACUCUUCUAUUUAUUUAUUUAUUUAUUUAUUUAAUCAUAAUGAGUCAGAAUAUGUAAUUUCCUAUAGUGAAAAAAAAAAAUCAUAAAAAUACACGGCUAACGUGGGAUCGUUGGACUCUCGCUUCUGUGUUGGAAAAUAAACGGAAGAUGAGGCAUAAAGGGAAGAAUAAACUAUAGGGAAAAAGGGGAGACUGUUGGGAAAUAUUAGAAAAAAAACCCCUGAAAUUUAAGAAAUAAAUUUAAUUAAAAAAAAAAAAUCCACGUUUUGAAAACUCCACAGGCUUAAAAAAAAAAAAAAACAUCAAAAGGAAAACAAACCAAAGACAGAUACAAAAGGGAAACGCUCAACAGAGUUAUUCCAAGCAUUGCAAGAGGACAUUUCAAAAGAAGCAGCUGGGAAUUGAAUUACCUCAGAAUUUAUUUCAUUGAAAUGUCAACACCGCUCUAAAUCCAAAGCAGUCGAUUGUAUUGUGUUUUUUUAAUUGUUGUUGUUGUUUUUUAAACUUUCGACCGAUGGAAGGAUUUAAAAAUAAAUAAAUCUUGUGACGAAAAGGUGCUGAAGUAACACACUUUAAAAACGAGUUAUUUCAAACUGGUGGCUGAAAACUUAUCGUUUAUUUUUCUUUUUGUCCAAAAAUUGAUUUUUUUUUUUUUUUUUUUUUUUUUUAAUAAUCUACUGUGGAUUAUUCUUGCUGCAAUAACCUCAGUUUGAUCUCGACCUCCAAAAAGUAGCAGAGAACUGAAGGUUGGAACAAUGCCAGAUUCACCUGCUGAUGUCAAAGCCCAGCCCAGAUCAACUCCACCCACUAUGCCACCACCUCCCCCCUCCGUUACCCAGGCAGCCAAUCGUAACACUUCCUUCACGCCCACUACAAUGUUGAACGGGAGUAGCCACUCCCCCACAGCCCUCAACGGCGGCCCCUCCACUCCGAACGGCUUCAGCAACGGGCCGGCCAUGUCGUCGACGGCCUCCCUGUCCAAUCAGCAGCUCCCUCCAGCCUGCGGCGCCCGGCAGCUCUGCAAACUGAAGCGCUUCCUCACCACGCUGCAGCAGUUCGGCAACGACAUCUCCCCCGAGAUCGGAGAGCGCGUCCGCAGCCUGGUGCUGGGCCUAGUGAAUUCGACCCUGACUAUUGAAGAGUUUCACUCAAAGCUCCAGGAGGCGACCAAUUUCCCUCUAAGGCCCUUCGUCAUCCCCUUCCUCAAGGCUAACCUGCCCCUGCUGCAGCGUGAGCUGCUGCACUGUGCCCGGCUGGCAAAGCAGACGCCCGCCCAGUACCUGGCUCAACACGAGCAGCUGCUGCUGGACGCCAACGCCAGCUCUCCCCUCGAUUCCUCCGAAAUCCUGCUGGAGAUUAACGAGCACGGCAAGAGGAGGACGCCUGACAGGACCAAAGAGAACGGGGUGGAGCGGGACCCCCUGCACUUGGAGCACCUCCCGAAGAGACCGUGCACAGUGAGCCCCAGCCAGCGCUACAGCCCCAGCAACGGCGCCCCCUCGCACCCCCCUCCGAAUGGCCUGCCUCCUCAUCCCCCAAAUGGGCUGCCACACCCCACCCCUCCCCCACCCCAGCACUACCGGCUGGAGGACAUGGCCCUUGCGCAUCAGUACCGCGAUGCGUACCGUCACACCGAACACCGAGACGCCCGCGAGAGACACCAGAGAGGUGCACUGCAUGGUGCCCGGCAGGAGGAGGUCAUUGAUCACCGCUUGACGGAUCGCGAGUGGGCAGAGGAGUGGAAGCACCUCGAUAAUGUACGUGUCGCUGGGCUACUCAACUGCAUCAUGGACAUGGUAGAGAAGACACGGCGGUCCUUGACGGUGCUGCGCCGCUGCCAGGAGGCAGACCGCGAGGAGAUGAACCACUGGAUCCGCCGCUACAGCGACGCAGAAGAAAUGAAAAAAGGUGUGAGCUCCGGCCAGCGCCCUCCUCCUCCUCCUCCUGCUCCUCACAACUCCUCCUCUUCCUCCGUCUCCAACACCAACACUUCCUCUAACAUCUCUGAGGCGCAGCCGCUAGAAAUUCACCGGGAUUUUUUGCACAGACCUCCCUCAGGAUACAUGCCGGAGGAGAUCUGGAGGAAGGCUGGUACUGCAAGUAUCCCGCUUUCGCCAGCAAUAAAAAAACUGCAGAGCAAGCAGGAAGAAGCAGUGAACGAGGUGAAGCGGCAGGCGAUGUCGGAGCUGCAGAAGGCCGUGUCGGAUGCUGAGCGCAAAGCCCACGAGAUGAUCUCAGCCGAGAGGUCCAAGAUGGAGCGUGCGCUGGCCGAGGCCAAGAGGCAGGCCUCCGAGGACGCACUGACCGUCAUCAACCAGCAGGAGGACUCCAGCGAGCUGUUGGAACUGCGGGCGAAAGGCAAGCGAGACAUGCAGCGGCUGCAACACAGCGCGUUACUGCGGCUCGUUCUGCCAGCACAAGGACUGGGAGAAGCACCACCACAUGUGUGGGCAGGGCCUGCAGGGCCUGCCAGGGAGCAGCAGUGUUCCUCUGGGGACCCACUCCACCUCUAUGCCCCCCACUCAUUCCGAGGGGAUCCCCUCUGCCCCUCCUUCAGUGACAGGGAGCGCCCAGGCAAGUGGGGGGAGCUGCAGCAGCACGGCAGGCAGCCCCAAGGAAGCCAGCUCCAGCAACGUCUCACGAGCCACCACCCCUGCCACCCCAGCCCUGCUCGACAGCGCCUCCCGUUGACCCUUGCAAGCACCACCACCACCAGAAUCGCACUGCUGCUACCACAACUGCUUUCCAAAAGAGACUGAUUAACGUCUGCUGUUGCAAUGAUUCUAGCUGCGACAAAUGCUACUACUUAGCUACCUGAAGAUUUCAUGUUGACCUUUCCACCGCCAACUGACCUCUCUGUGUCUCAGUCACACACACACACACACACAUACACACACUCUCAUGACCACAAGCACACAAACAUACAUGCAUAUAUACAACUGCAGAGCUGCUUAUUUGAAAAUGGGUUCAAAUCAAUCUGGUUGUAAAUGGAUGGCUGGUUAAUAAAACCCUGAGAUAUUUGAACAUGUCACUAUUAAAUCCAAGUUCUAUAAA